GUUUCCCACAAGUCUUUGCUCCUUCCUUCAUCGUUACCUACGCUUCAUGUGUUUUUUUUUUGUUUUUUUUUUUUGCAAGGAAAGCAGGGAUCCCACGUUGUUGAGUUCAAAAGAGUUUGGACGCAAAGCGGAAGUGCUAACGCGGCUGUAGCGCCGAGCGGGUCCAAGUUAAACACUUGAGCGGGGAUCAGGCUGCAGGAUGUGGGCUCGGGUUACGGCCGGGGGCUCGGGGCUCGGGCUGCGGGCUUCUAGGGAGUGCUUGCUGCGGGUCACGGGUGCUGGAUGUGCGGGGAAGAUACUACAGGAGAGACGGGAUUUCAGUGCAGAGGCUGCCCUGAAGAAAACCACUCUCUUUGACUUCCACAGGAACAAUGGUGGAAAGAUGGUGGAGUUUGCAGGCUGGAGUAUGCCUGUCCAGUACAAAGACAGUCACAUCGCCUCACACAUGCACACCAGGGAGCACUGCUCCAUCUUUGAUGUCAGCCACAUGCUCCAGACCAAAAUCCACGGAAAAGACCGGAUAAAGUUCAUGGAGUCUCUGGUGGUUGCAGAUAUCGCAGAGCUGAAGGACAACCAGGGUACGUUGUCCCUCUUCACCAAUGAGAAAGGAGGAAUCAUUGAUGACCUCAUAGUGACAAAGACCGACCAGGGUUACCUCUAUGUGGUCUCCAACGCCGGCUGCGCCGACAAAGACUCGGCUCAUAUGAAGGCCAGACUGGCAGAGUACAACGCUGCCGGGUUUGAUGUGGACCUGGAGUUCAUUGACGAAGCCCUGAUUGCACUUCAAGGUCCCACCAUGGCUCAGGUGCUUCAGGCUGGGCUGAAAGGAGAUCUCAGUAAGCUGACCUUCAUGACCUCCACCCUGGUCACGGUGUUCGGUAUUCCUGACUGCAGGGUGACCCGCUGCGGAUACACCGGAGAGGACGGGGUGGAGAUUUCUGUUCCUCGUUCCAGAGUGGUUGAGCUGGCAGAGAAGCUGCUUAGCAACAAUGAGGUGAAGCUGGCCGGUCUGGGAGCCAGAGACAGUCUUCGGCUGGAGGCGGGACUUUGUCUCUACGGCAACGACAUAGAUGAGACCACCACGCCUGUGGAAGCCAGUCUUGUUUGGACGAUAGGGAAGCGUAGGCGUCAGACGAAGGAUUUCCCUGGCGCUGACAUCAUUGUGCCUCAAAUCAAAGCCAAGACGGCUAGGAAAAGAGUUGGACUGGUGUCCACCGGUCCCCCAGUGAGACAGCACACCCCCAUCCUGAGCCCUGACGGACAGGUCAUAGGGGAAGUGACCAGCGGCUGUCCCUCUCCCUGUCUGAAAAAGAACGUCGCCAUGGGUUACGUGGACGCAGCAUUUGCCAAGAACGGAGCAGCCGUCCAGGUUGAAAUCAGAAAGAAAACAGUCCCAGCCAUUGUCAGCAAGAUGCCCUUUGUCCCCACAAACUACUACACUGGAUAGGAACCACACACUGGAUCAUUCUACCAAUUGCCUCUCUCAUUUACAGUCGUCGCCCCCUGGUGUUUAACUCCAGCAAUACAAGGCCAAUUUAGGAUUUAAAAAUACUUUCCAGCAAGUGUGGGGGGAAAAAAAAUGCAACACUGUAAACGUGGUUGGUGUUCAGCUGUGAACAACCAUAUUGAAAGCAGAAAACUGAUGGAAGAUGUAAAGAAAAGACUGAGUUUUAUUAUCGUACAGUUGGCAUCCUGACUUGAAUCCAUAGUUUGGUAACAUUGUUUAAUCUGUUUGGAAUGAAAAGCAGGUGGCAUGAGAGUACAGGUAGCACUGAUGAUGUUAGCACAGUUAUGGGACCACAAUAGAAACUUUUAUUUGUCAAGUCAUUAUGAAACAAACCAAACUAAACAAGCAAAUCAUCAAACCAACAAUUUGCAGGCUACUCUUUUUGUCCCUCACCUCUUUAUUUUAUUUUAUUUUACUUUUCCUUUCUAGUACCAAAUGGAGCCACCGUCUGUGGUACACUUUAUAAGGACCAUUUGUAAAUUUGCAUUCAACUUGCACUCACCUUGACAACAUUGACAAGUACAUUCCUACAUUGUUCUCCUAGUGGAAAAAUUUGGUUACAGGACUCUAGUAAAUUACAUCGACCAGCUGUAGGUCACUCCAAGUCAUUAUAGAGUUAUUACAAAGUUUUCAGCAAACAUUUUUAGUUAUAUAUGAGAUUUUAGCAUUUUUAUGACCAUCAGUCUCAAUAAUCAAUUUAACUAUGAUGAAAAGAAAAUUCUUCACAUUGGUUGAAAUAUGAGGGUACAACAUGAAAGAUGGAGACAAAUGUCAGAGCCUGACAAGUGAGACUGUGUGACUAACAAACUACUAUUUUGUGAUUUAGCCUGUAGCACAUUCAUGCACGCUUUUUUGUCUUCUAAUACUGUCUUAAUGCCACAGAUGCAUAGAAAUAUUUGCAUUUACAGUAGCUAUGAACAAAUAUGACGGGGUUUGGCGUUUUUGAUCCUAUGAUGAUAAUGAUGACGAUGUUUAUUUGUAUGUUUUGAUAGUAUCAAUUCAUAAAUCCAGAAGGGAAAAAUAACGGUCUAAUUUAUAGAGAUUGCUUAGUUUAACAUUUAAUCUUUACUACUAAUAAAAAUAUUCAAUAUGUAAUUAGAGCUUUCUGUUUUCACACGAGGUUUCUGGUGACUUGAUGACUUGACUACUGACUUGCCAACUUGAAACUGUGCAACAAUGUGAUUAACUUGGGUUUUUAUGUAUGGCUGAACGUUUGUGUGAACUUCUUAAGCAUUUUUCAGGGGAGAGUUACUUUUGAGUAAAUAAAACGUGCUUUUCUAGUUGC